AUGAAGGGCAAGGAGCGCUCGCCUGCGAAGGCCAAACGGUCCCGCGGUGGCGAGGAUUCUUCUUCGGUGCGGAGCGAGCGGAGCAAUAAGAAGCCCAGCAACGGCGGUGGGAAAUCUGCGGGCGGCGGCUCGAGUGAGGGCGGUGGCGGCGGCGGCGGCGGCAGUAGUCGGCGGAGCCUUCAUUUGGAAAAAGCGAGCCGGGCCAGCAGCCGUGAAUACGAAUCGGCCGCGGUGGGGGUCUCUGGGGGCGGCAGCACCCGCCACGGCUACAGCGGGAGCAACAACAGCAGCAGCAAAAAUGCGGAGUCUUCCUCGUCGUCGCGUGGCAGCAGCAGCCGCGGCGGCGAUUCCCGCGCGCCCCCCUCCGACUCCGGCAGCGGCAGUGAGUAUAAGACGCUCAAGAUCAGCGAGCUGGGCUCGGCGCUGAGCGACGAGGCGAUCGAAGACGGGCUCUUCCACGAGUUCAAGCGCUUCGGAGACGUCAGUGUCAAGAUCAGUCGCCUCCCGCCGGGGACCGGGUCUGGCGACGAGCGGGUGGCCUUUGUUAAUUUCCGCCGCCCCGAGGAUGCCCGAGCUGCUAAGCAUGCUCGCGGCCGCUUGGUCCUCUACCAUCGGCCGCUGAAGAUCGAGGCCGUUUAUGUUGGGGGCAGCAGCGGAGGAGGGGGCAGCAGCCGGCGACGCAGCAGUCGUUCCCCGGCCCUUUUGGACAAGGAGUCUCCCUAUGGGGCCUCGGCGGUGGUUGUGGCGGGGGCCUCUCCCGCAACUAUCAGGCACCCCGCAACUGGAGCGACUCAGAGGGCCCUCUCUCCUGCUGGGGGAGGGGCAGGCUUAGGGUACAGAGACUUCCGCUUGCAACAGCUGGCCCUGGGUCGUCUGCCCCCACCGCCUCUGCCCCGGGAGCUGGAAAGAGAACGGGACUAUAGUGGUUUCUAUGAUCGGGUAAGGCCCACCACGUACAGUCUCGACCGAGUUGCCGGAGUGGCAGCUGCUGCGUUUCGUGGGGUUGGCACAGGAACGGCCACUGAAAAAGAGAUCAGUCCUGAAGAUGACCAGAGAGCUAAUCGCACCCUCUUUCUGGGUAAUUUGGAUAUAUCGGUUACAGAGUCAGACCUUCAUAGGGCUUUUGAUCGCUUUGGGGUUAUCACUGAAGUGGAUAUUAAGAGGCCAACCCGGGGUCAAACGAGCACAUAUGGAUUUCUUAAGUUUGAGAACUUGGAUAUGGCCCACCGAGCUAAGCUUGCCAUGUCUGGUAAAGUGCUCUUGCGCAAUCCUAUUAAAAUUGGCUAUGGUAAAGCAACCCCCACCACGAGACUCUGGGUGGGUGGCCUGGGACCAUGGGUACCAUUGGCUGCUCUUGCCAGGGAGUUUGAUCGCUUUGGUACUAUUCGUACCAUUGAUUAUCGUAAAGGUGACUCAUGGGCCUAUAUCCAAUAUGAGAGUUUGGAUGCUGCACAAGCUGCUUGUACCCACAUGCGUGGCUUUCCUUUGGGUGGGCCAGACCGUCGCCUGCGUGUGGACUUUGCUGACACUGAGCAUCGGUAUCAACAGCCCUAUUUGCAGCCAUUGCCACUUCCACCCCCUACUCAUUAUGAGCUAGUAGCAGAAACAUCAGCUUUUGGAGCACAUCGUGGAGCGCCACCAGAUCCACUCCGAGGUGCUCGGGAUAGAACACCACCACUGCUCUAUGGUGACCGUGACAGAGACUUAUAUGCUGAAACAGAAUGGGUGCCUCCUCCACCUCCAGUUCGGGACCGAGGCAACCGAGCGACUGUUUAUGAUGCACUUGAAAGUCUGGAACGGCGUCGAGAUGGUUGGUCUCUAGAAAGAACUCGUGGGGAAAGGGAGCUUGGUAGCAGUAGUAGUAGAGACCCACCUAGGAAGCGAAGGCUAGUGGAGGAUGGGGGUCGACAUUUGGACCGAUCACCAGAUAGUGAACGUUCAUCUUCAUCUCGUAAGCGUCACUGCCCUGCUGUAGCAUCUCCUCAAGAUCGUAGUCCUGAAACAAACUUAAUCAGAGACCGUUAUAAUACUGAUAUUGAUCGGCCCUCUUCUCGCUUACUCUUGUUGGAUCGUCCUUCACCAGUCAGAGAGCCACGUAAGGGGAGUUUGGAGAGAGGCCAGAGUGAGAAGCGGGAACAUAAGAGUUUGGUGGAAAAAGAAAGAAAACAUCGCACACUUGCAUCAGCUGCCAUCCAAGAGUGCAAGAGUCCAGCUAAAAAGGAUGAGCAUACUUCUGAAGGGAACAGUAGCAGUGGAUCUCGGCUGAAGCCACCCCAAAAGCAGCAACAGCAGGAUGGAACUUCAAAAUCAGGAUCAUCUACCAAACUCUGCCUAGCCUGGCAAGGAAUGCUUCUGUUGAAGAACAGCAAUUUUCCAUCAAACAUGCACCUACUUCAGGGUGACCUCAGCGUAGCUAGCAAUCUGCUGGUGGAAGGAACAACUGGUGGCAAAGUGGCCCAACUAAAGAUAACACAGCGUCUUCGUUUGGACCAGCCCAAGUUGGAUGAAGUUACUCGUCGUAUCAAAGUAGCAGGACCCAAUGGAUAUGCUAUUCUACUUGCUGUGCCUGGUACCACAGACAACCGUGCCUCAUCCGGGGCUGGUGAAGCUAAUACCACCUCUACCCAGCGACCAUUAAGAAACCUGGUGUCCUAUCUUAAACAAAAACAGGCAGCUGGAGUGAUAAGCCUCCCAGUAGGAGGCAACAAAGACAAAGAAAACAGUGGGGUCUUGCAUGCUUUCCCCCCCUGUGAUUUUUCUCAGCAGUUCCUGGAUUCUACAGCAAAGGCCCUGGCUAAAUCGGAGGAUGACUAUUUGGUCAUGAUCAUUGUUCGUGGUGCAUCUUAAAGUCCUAAUGCUUUCUGUGCUUAUUCUGCUGCUUCAUACAACUCCCCCUCCUCCAGUGUCUGCCAGGUGCUAAGCUUUAGCCAACACCCUAAGUAUAAUUUUAGAUCUGUAGUUACUGUUAUUUUCCCUUUAUUUUCUAUAAACUCUAGAGAGCAAAUAUAUUAACUGUUCACUAGGCUACCCUCAACUGUCUUGCUAGUGACAGUAUAGUAAGAAGGGAUGGUAUGCUUUCACUAAAAUAUGAAACAUUGAACAAGCUUGCCUCCCUCUUUUUUUA